AUGGCUCCAAAACCUUCUGAACUUGCUGGAGUUGAUUCAUCUUCAGCUCACUCCAUCAAAGCCCCUCUCACUUGUCUUGCCGUUCGGCAAAUCAAGAUAAUUGAGCCAACAGACUCCAUCCUCAGCAAUUGCUCCAAUCUUUCAAAGCAGCUGAGCACAUGCGUCUGCAAAGGCACCAAGAACUGCUACAACAUAAACGUCACAAGUGGCAUCAAAUAUUUGAUCAGAGCAAGUUUUGUUUAUGGGAAUUAUGAUGGCCAAGAAAAAGCACCUGAGUUUGAACUCCACCUUGGAGCUAACUUAUGGGAGUCAAUACGGUUUGAGAAUGCCUCCGUAGGAGCAGCAGACAAAGAGCUUAUACAUGUCCCACUGCGAAGCUACAUACAUGUCUGUCUGGUGAACACAGGCUCCGGCGUUCCAUUUAUAUCAGCAAUAGAACUCAGGCCUUUACUUAAUGCAUCUUAUCCAACACAAGUGGGGUCGUUGGCGCUUGAGAUGCGAUUUGAUACUGGUCAAGUACCAACUGAUUUUGAAGGAUACAGGUAUCCGUUCGAUGUUCCUGAUCGCUUCUGGUAUACCUAUGACCGUGAUGAUUGGACACAAUUAAGUACAUCACAAACCACUGACUCUGGAUCUAGCAAUGAUUACCAACCACCUCCUAUUGUGAUGCGUACUGCUGCAACGCCAAGAAGUGCUAAUGCUUCCUUGGAUUUCUUCUGGCUGCCUGCUGAUGACAAGGCAUCAUACUAUGUAUACAUGCACUUUGCAGAAGUUGAAAAGCUACGAGCAAACCAAUCCAGACUGCAAUACAUUACUAGGAAUGGGCAGGUCUUCUAUGAGUUAUUUGCUCCCGAUUACUUGUACACAAGUACUAUUUUUAGCCCUGCCGCUUUGAGUGGAGGACAAUAUAAUUUUUCAAUCCGUAAGGCAGAGAACUCUACCCUUCCACCCAUCCUCAACGCCAUUGAGAUUUACACAUUGAAGGAAUUCUUAGAGUUAGAAACAAACCAAGAAGAUAUUGACGCAAUCAACAUCAUCAAGUCAACAUAUAAGAUUAAAAAGAACUGGCAAGGAGAUCCAUGUGCCCCUCAAGCUUACUUGUUGGAAGGUGUAAAGUGUAGCUAUCCUCAAAAUGAGUCCCCAAGAAUCAUAUCCUUGGACUUGUCCUCGAGCGGAUUAACAGCGGAGAUAGCUCCUUCUAUAUCCAACCUUACAGUGAUUCAGACAUUGGAUUUAUCAAACAACAACUUGACAGGACCAAUUCCUGACUUUUUGUCUCAAUUGCCAGACUUAAAUGUCAUAAACUUGGAGAAAAACAAGCUCACAGGCUCAGUUCCAGUAGGACUGAUUGAAAGAAGGAAGAAUGGUUUUCUAUCAUUAAGAUCAAAAUCUAACUAUUGUUGUGCAAAUCCAAAUCUAUCCGGAAAUGUUUCUUGCAAAAAGAAGCACAAUUUUGUUCUGCCCGUAGUUGCAGCAGUCACUGGAAUCUCCAUCCUCUUAUUAUCUGUAGCAGCUCUCUGUUGGGGCAUUAAACGGAAAAGACAACCUGAUCAAAAUCUAACUAUUGUUGCUGUUAAUCUUCUGAUGAGAGUUCAUCAUAUUAACUUGACAAGCCUUGUAGGAUAUUGCAAUGAUGAAAACCACAUAGGGCUUGUGUACGAGUACAUGGAAAAUGGAAACUUACAAGCAUAUCUAUCAGACAGCACUCCAGUUGUCUUGACUUGGGAAGGUAGACUUCAAAUAGCUAUAGAUGCUGCACAAGGAUUGGAGUAUCUGCACUAUUGUUGUAGCCCACCUAUAUUAAUUUGGUUAGAGAGAAGUUUCAAUGUUAGCUCUGUCUGGAAAGCUGUGGAAUUAGCAAUGGCAUGUGUAUCUAAACACCCCAUCAACAGGCCAUCCAUGAGCCAGGUAUUAGUGGAACUAAAGGAGUGUUUGGCAACCGAACUGGCUCGAACAAAGCAGAGCGACAAUCACACUGAAAUAGGAAAUUCCAUUGAGAUGAUGUCUCAGAAUUCAAUCGCUAUGCUACGUCCCUCAAAAAACAAGGCUCGUUUAGUGGCUAAAGGCUACUCACAAAAGCCCGGUAUUGAUUACAAUGAGACUUUUGCCCCUGUGGCAAGGCUAGACACCAUUAGGACCUUGAUUGCUCUUGCUGCACAGAAGGAAUGGAGCUUGUAUCAACUAGAUGUGAAAUCUGCAUUUCUUAAUGGAGUUUUAAAGGAGGAAGUAUAUGUCGAUCAGCCACAAGGAUUUGUAAAGAAGCUUCACACAGACAUCUGUGGACCAAUGAAAACAGAAUCGCUAUUUGGAAACAG